UGGACAGGCCUACAUUUAUGUAUUAUCUCGAAAUUGAUGAAGCAGAUCCGGAUGUGCGUUGGAGCUAUCCGGAUGUUGAAUGGGGGUCCCUGGAAGCUUAUUAAGGACGUGUAGAAAGCAAAGGAAGAGAUGGAAAAACUGAAAGGGGAGGCACAAGCCAACAAGGAUCACAUGCUACAGUAUAAAGAAAUAGCACAAUUGAAUGAAGUUGCAUUGAAGCAAAUUGAAUCUGCUCCUGAAAAAUUCAAAGCUGAGGCUGACAAGCUAAAGAAGUCACUAGAGGAUGAAAUUCACUUUCUCAAGGGAAGGGUUUCAGAACUUGAAAGUGAUCUUGUGUUAAAGUCCACAGAAGUUACAUCUGCAGUUUCAGGGAAAGAAGAAGCUCUAUCUUCUUAUGAUAGGUUGAGCAAAGUGAAGUAUUGUUUAUUUAGAAAUGUGAAUGUGGGAUGCAUUAUAUGAUUUGAUUGCUAUUUGUAAUAAAUGCAUUGUU